AGGUGGAGUGAUGGCACAAAGGUGGCAACAGUUAAGAAAAAUACCAUCAUAUUUGUCUGUUCCCUGGUCUGUUCUACUUUACAAAUAAAUUUUAAUACCCUGCCUCUACAAAAUGAUUAGUGAAAGUGAACUACUUCGUCAGACACCCAAAGUAGGGGUGGACCUUUUUUUCUGGAAAGACGACAAUGACGAUAUUUACACAAAUGUCAUGACAGAAGAGGACGUUCAAAAGGAUCUCAGUCAAAUCUACUUCUGUCUACUUAUUGACACGUACGGGGACAUGAGGGACAUGUCCGUAAAUAAAGGAGUUGCAGAUAUUUGCCUUGUCGGACAAACAGAGACGAUUUCCUCUAAAUUUAAGAGUGACGCCUUGGAUCUUGACGGUUGCAAGGUCAAGGUUUCUAAUGAAACUAUUGAUUUUGUUAGAGAGCUCGAACAACAAUUGGGGUGGAAAGUAGAACCAACAUUAACCUAUUCAUUCCACAUUUAUUCUGAUGAUGCAUGGGUGGCUGACCAAUUAAAAUAUAAAAUUCGGAGACGGUUUGGAGUUGUUUGCUCCAAAGCGCCGUAUACCGCAGAAUUAGUUCUGUCCAAACACGCCGAAACAAUUGACAACCAUCUUAGACAAUUUUUAAAACGGAUACCAGAAAUUAGAGAAGAUUAUUUCAACAACCCUCCUCCCCCACCACCAGAAAAACUGGACAAUCCACGCUCACAACCACCAAAACAAGAGAGAUUAAGGUGUUAUUUGUGCGGUUUGGUUUUUUUAAAACAUACUCAAACUCUUUCAAACCACUUAAAGACAAAUCACUAUUCUGGCAUCGGUUCCCAACAAUGUGAUCUUUGUUCAUGUUCUUUUGUGACACCAGCAUCAUUACACACUCAUCGAAUAAUGGUCCACCCAAGAGCAGCAUUACGAAAUCGAACAAAAUUUGGAAUUACCGAUAUCAGUGAGGAGGACGCAGGGAAAUGUGAUGCCUAUUUGGAGAGUGUCAAACAAGAAGGGUCAAAAAGAAAAAAGUUUAAAUGCAUCUGGAAAAUAAAAAAUAAAACCGAGUGUGGGAUAUUGACAAUUGGGUUGCGUAAUUCACGUGACCACGUCUGCACCCAUUUGCAAUUAAAGCCAUACACAUGUCCGGAACCUGAGUGCGAUUACUCUUCGUCAUUUUUUAAUGCCACUGUUCUACAUUAUCAAAAUCGACAUGAACGAGAAGAAGAAGAGGACAAAGAUUCUGGCGAAGAAAAUGACGGACCUCCAGAGAAAAAGAUGAAAUCCCCUGUUUUUGACCUUUAAAGUUAUAUUUGUUUUAAUUCAUGAAUUUCUGCAGAAUAGUGUAACUCAAGAUAGAAGUAAUUGUCUUUUGUACCGUUAUUUUAGUUUUGUACAUCAGCCUGUUUAGUCUAUGAAUUCUAUUUAUAAUUUUUGAACAAAGAUUUAUACUUCCAAUAAAUAACCUUUAAUCAGGUUAGUUAAGAAUUAAGUAAUAAUCAAAUAAGUAAAUUACCUAUGGCAUUCUUAUAUUUUGUAUUCUCAUUUUUGUUUACUUACCCAAGUCCACCUUCUUGUUUAAUGGAAUAUUUCUCAUCAUCACUAAAAAAUAUGAUGAUCAUUGUUAGUGAUUUAUCUUUAAAUUUCUGAAUAAAAUUCUCAAAAA